CUUCCGGUGAGACGCGCAGCCCUUGCGCUCGUCGGGCCCAAUGGCGGCCCCGAUGCUUCACACGCGGUUACCCGGAGAUACGGCAGCCUCGGCCUCUGCAGUCAAGACUCUGGGGGCGUCGAGGACUGGACUUUCAGAUAUGCUCACAUUAGAGAAUGAUUUCUUCAAUUCUCCUCCAAGAAAAACCGUUCGGUUCGGCGGGACUGUGACAGAAGUCUUGUUGAAGUACAAAAAGGGUGAAACAAAUGACUUUGAGUUGCUGAAGAACCAGCUGUCAGAUCCAGACAUAAAGGAUGACCAGAUCAUUAACUGGCUGUUGGAAUUCCGGUCCUCCAUCACCUACCUGACUAAAGACUUUGAGCAGCUUAUCAACAUCCUACUGAGGCUGCAGUGGUUAAACAGAAGUCAGACUGUGGUGGAGGAGUACCUGGCUUUCCUCGGGAAUCUCGUGUCCGCGCAGACAGUCUUCCUCAGGCCGUGUCUCAGCAUGAUUGCUUCUCAUUUUGUGCCUCCCCGAGUGGUCAUUAAGGAAGGUGACGUAGAUGUUUCGGAUUCUGAUGACGAAGACGAUAAUCUUCCCGCCACUUUUGACACCUGUCACAGAGCCUUGCAGAUAAUAGCAAGAUAUGUCCCAUCGACACCGUGGUUUCUUAUGCCAAUACUGGUGGAAAAAUUUCCAUUUGUUCGAAAAUCAGAGAGAAUAUUGGAAUGUUAUGUUCAUAACUUGCUAAGGAUUAGUGUCUAUUUUCCAACCCUGAGGCGUGAAAUUCUAGAGCUUGUGAUUGAAAAGUUACUCAAGUUGGAUGUGAACGCGUCCCGGCAGGACAUUGAGGACGCGGAAGAAGCAGCCCCUCAGACCGGCGGCGGCGGGACGGAGGCCGCAGAACGACUCUUCAACAUGGAUGAGGAUGAAGACCGGGACCAUGAAACCAAGGCCGAUCCCCAGAGGCUCGAUCGUAUGGCACAUCCUGUAGCCGAGCGCCUGGACAUCCUGUUGUCUUUGCUUCUGUCCUACAUUAAGGACGUCUGCUGUGUAGACGGUAAGAUCGAUAACAACAAAACAAAGGAUUUAUAUCGAGACCUGAUAACGAUCUUUGACAAGCUCCUGCUGCCCACCCACGCCUCCUGCCACGUCCAGUUCUUCCUGUUUUACCUCUGCAGCUUUAAAUUGGGAUUUGCGGAAGCAUUUUUGGACCAUCUCUGGAAAAAAUUGCAGGAUCCAAAUAAUCCUGCCAUCAUCAGGCAAGCUGCUGGAAAUUACAUUGGAAGCUUUUUGGCAAGAGCUAAAUUUAUUCCUCUUAUUACCGUCAAAUCAUGCCUCGACCUUUUGGUUAACUGGCUGCACAUGUACCUUAACAACCAGGAUUCGGGCACGAAGGCGUUCUGUGACGUUGCCCUCCACGGGCCGUUUUACUCAGCCUGCCAAGCUGUGUUCUACACUUUCGUUUUCAGGCACAAGCAGCUUUUAAGUGGAAACCUCAAAGAAGGUUUGCGAUACCUUCAAAGUCUAAAUUUUGAACGUAUAGUGAUGAGUCAGCUAAAUCCACUGAAGAUCUGUCUGCCUUCGGUAGUUAACUUUUUUGCCGCAAUCACAAGUAAGUACCAGCUGGUCUUCUGCUACACGAUCAUUGAGAGGAACAACCGCCAGAUGCUCCCUGUUAUCAGAAGUACGGCUGGAGGGGACUCGGUGCAGACCUGCACGAACCCGCUGGACACCUUCUUCCCCUUCGACCCUUGUGUGCUCAAGAGGUCGAAGAAAUUCAUCGAUCCUAUUUAUCAGAUCUGGGAAGACAUGAGCGCAGAGGAGCUUCAGGAGUUUACGAAACCCGUCAGGAAGGAGGUGGUGGAAGAUGAAGACGAUGAUUUUCUGAAAGGCGAGGUUGGGAUUACGCCGAGCUCCUUCGACCCGCCUUUCCGGAGUCCCUCAAGUAGUGUGGGCUCCCCUCCCGCCUUCUACCUGCCCGACCAGUCCCCUGGGGUCUCAAGGAUUUGCGACUGAGACGGGUGUCCCCCCACGGCAGCUGUCCGCGCCGGGCUCGUCCUGCUGGAAGCCGAGCCAGUGCGCCGCGGGCGUCUCACUUGCGAGGUAGACUUUCCCUAGUGUCUCAGCGGACAUGGGCUGGUUUUCUCUUUUGCUCCCGUGCAGACGAAAGAAAAGACUGAGUAUCAUGUGCAAUAUUUUAGAAUGGAGCUGAUAAAUGUUGAAGGCUUGACUUGUGUGUUGGAUGUAGAUUUUAUUUCUGUUACAGCUUUUUGGCAUCAUUGUGAAAUUCCUGAUCUGGACAGUGGCCUGUUUUAGCCAAUGGAACAUAGGUUUGAUCUGAGCCAUGGUCACAGGACUUGGUUGAUCCAAUUUAUUUUCACUGAAAAGAAAAUCCUCUAGGAGGCUAUUCGACAUCUUUAAAAUGAUUUUACUUUGGGAACAUCGGUGGCCCUCGGCUGGAACCGGAUUUGUGUGUGGGGAUUCCCACGGGCUGCGGAGGGGGCGGGAGGAAAUGGGAAGGUGGCCAGAGCUGGUCCCUGGCCCUGGAAGCCAGAGCUGGCACCGAAGAGCUCCGGGGAUCAUCAGAGACUGAGGAGACGCCGGAGGAAAGAGAUGGACGAUUUGGGAACCAGAAGCAGCAAACCGUACCCUCGUGAGUGUGAAGAUGGAGUUAAAAGCAACACAAGAGUUGCCAGUAAUGAACCUCCCAGGCCCAAGAGUGGAUGCGGACUAGUAUAAGCACCGCACACGGCUUUAGCGCGAGGCUCCUGGAGUGCGGUUCGGCCGGAAGUGCUGAUUCGUAGCGGAAUGUUACUUGGGGUUUGUUUUUCAAACUAGAAUCCCUUUGGUCAUUUUGAGAAUGUCUCUGUGGCGAUGGGGCGGCGGAGAGGGGCCUGGGUUAUUUGGGGGCAUGGUUUUGGCGGCGGCGGCGGCCACGGUUAGGGCUACAGUCUGUGCGCCGGCUGGAGUGCCGUGGGCGCCCGCUCAGCGGGGCCCUCCUCGGGCAGCUCCUUUUGUACUUUUAUAACUAAGCACUGAGAGCGAGGCGUCUGAACCCCCUCACUUCAUAACACGUGUGUGCAAGCACACGGCUGGGCUCAUUCGGUGGCUCAUGCGUGUUUUAGUGUCAUUCCUUGUGUGUGUACUUUUGUGUUACUUGUGAAAACGGACAUCUCGAAACAUAUUUAUUUUUCUGCCACUUUUCCUAUUAUUUAAAAGCAAGCAAUAUUUUCUCGAUCGCAAAUAUUUUGUAAUGAAAUACUUUCUAUUUCCUGGGGCUUUGUAUGCUCUUGUAUAAUUAUAUUGAUGGCGAUGUAGAGUAAAUAUGUUUUUGGAAAACAAAUUUUUAUUGGUUUAAAAAGUUUUGGAUAUUGGUGAUUUGGUGACUUGGUGGACAGUCAUUGAGGAACCUUUAGGUUCUCUGGCUUUUUAACUGGUGGCUAAAGGGGGGGGGUUGUGUCCUGGGUGAACGAGUCCACAGAAAUGUGUUCAUAGAAAUUAACGGUAAGUGGGCCUUUGUGGGUGGAGACGUUUUAGUGUAGAGGAUAUGGUAUCUUGAUGAGUAAGUCCGUUUAAUGUCAGAAGAGUCUGAGAAAAAAAAACAUCGUGGACAUUGAACAAUGACGUAGAUAAUCUGGAUAUUUUGUUCUUAACGAGUAAUGGAGUAAAGGGAGGUGCCCCAAUAAAGAGGCUUCUCCCACAGG